AUCAUGGAAGAGCAAGCAUCAAAGAAUAACAUGAACGAAUUUGUAAAUAUUGCUAAGGAAAUCUUUAAAUUAUUAACUUCCGAAAUUCUUGCUCUUGUCGCAAACGGCAUGGCAAAGUUAUUCGAGAAAGCACAAAAGCUAAAAUAUUCUGCAGAUGAAAUAUCUUGUGAUCUUGCUGAUACCAAAUUCUUGAACACAAUCUCCUGGGAUGAUGUGUACGCUGCCACAGUAUCGGCGGAAGACUUUACAUCUUCAAUAGAAGAGUUAACCGAUUGGGGUAAAAAAGCUGAAGGGAAGAUUGAGAGAGCUAAAGAGGAUUUUACUAAAGGCAACUUUAAGGCUUUGAAAUCUCAAAUUGAAAUACUCAAAACACAGGUUAGCCAAGUAACCAAGUGUCUUCACGAGUUUCAAAGAAAGGCCGAUAAAGCAAAACAAAACACAUACAAAGCAGCAAAAAAUUUGGAGACAAAGCUUCUAGAAGCCAAACAAAGCAAAUGGCAAGUCGAUGCAGCUGGCUUAGGAACUGUCCUUGUCGCUGUUGGCAGCAUUGUCGAUUUACUUUUUACCGGCUGGCUUCCACUAGUCGGCGAUAUAGUAGCAGCAGUUGCAGCAGGAGCAUGUACGACUUACAUUUAUUAUACAUCAGCAAGCAUGACAGAUACUGUACGACGCUUGACUAAGUUCGGUGAGGAGCUAGAUGAUCUGUCAAAGACGACCUGGUCUGUGCUUGCAUACGUGACAAAAUUGGAGAGCCAUUUGAAUAAAACAGUGAGAUCAGUGGAGGUGGCUGAAACAGCUUAUGAGUACGCCAGCCAAAAUAAUAUCGGCGAUGUCGUCGACGCAGUGAAACGUAUUAGAGAAACUUCGACCGCUCUAAAGGCACAAGUUUCUCCUGCAGUUACAAAGCUAAAGAAGAUCGAAGAAGAUAUGGAAUCACGUAUGCACGGCAGUGAGCAAAAAUUGGAGACAAAAAAGAAGGCUUGAACCAUUCUGACAGUCACGUUCGACAUGACGUUUACGUAUACGUUUGUUCAUUGUUAUAUGUGCUUCGAUAACGAGUCUGCGUAUAUAUAUCAACAUAUGACAUUUCUUGUG